AUGCCCAGCUGCGGCCGCAAGCCACCGCCGGAGAGAGCCUCCGGGAACUGGAGCGACGGCGAGACGUCCACCCUCAUCGACGCGUGGGGCCCGGCCCACCUGCGCCGCCACCCGCGCCACCUCCUCCUCAAUGACUGGCGCGCCGCGGCCAGCGCCGUGAACGCUCACCGCGCCACCGCGGGGCGCCGCUUCAACCGCACCCGCCUCCAGUGCCAGACCCGCGUCCGCACCCUGAAGAAGCGGUACAAGGAGGAGCUCUCGAGGCAGCCGCCGUCGAGGUGGCCCCACCUCCGCCAGCUCCACCCUUUCCUGGCCAGCGCUGACGGCCCGCCACCGGGCUUCCCGGCCGCGACCAGGGCUCCGGCGCCCGCCGUCAAGCAGGAGGUGGAGGAGGAGGUGGGCGGAAGCGUUGGGUUGGCGGCGAGCUGGACGGUCCCGAGGAGGCCGAGGAAUGGGGCCGCGAGGAGUAGUAGCUCGGGGUUCUGCCCGGGGGCGGUGGUGACGAAGCUGGCGGAUGUGUACGAGCGCGUGGAGAUGGCAAGGAUCGGCGCCGGGAACCUGAAGAUGGAGAUGGAGGCGCAGCGGGCCAUGCUGGACGCCGUGAAGGUGGAGCAGCAGUGGAAGAUGGAGAACGCGUAG